CGAAUGAGAAGAAUUAUCCUGACACUGAAUGCGAUUGCGAUUUCAGUAAAUGCUAUCGAAAACGGCUGUGAUGAUGCCGAUCCAAAGUGCCCUGAAUGGGCAGCGGAAGGCGAAUGCUCCUCGAAUGCCGUUUGGAUGAUGGCAAAUUGCCGGAAAUCGUGCCAUUCCUGUCAAGGCGGGGAUAGGGCAUGGAAGUUGCGGACACAUAUUCAAGCCAACUAUCACAAUGCCAGUGAUAGCACGACGAGAAUCGUUCGAGUUGAGAGCGUUCGAGUCAACAACGUGGAGAUUGACGAGAAGAAGCAGAACGUCAAAGUGUUCGGACGCUUCGUCUUGAGCUGGAACGACACCAAUAUCUCAUGGGACAAGAACCAAUGGGGUCUCAGUUGGUUGAACUUCUACUGGAUCCAGAUCUGGACCCCACAAAUUGUUCAAUUGAACGGAGGGUCGACUUCCAAUCCAGGCCAAGUAUCCAGCAAGGUGCUAGCUGCUAAUUACACUGGUCAAGUCUAUUUAUGGGCUGAUUUCUCAUUUUCAACUCCGUUCCGAUUCCAAUAUGAAGACUAUCCUAACGAUCUACAAAGGGUGUGCUUCAAAUUUGACGAUAAGCGCCUUCUUGCCGUCCACUUCACAGUGUCUGAUGGAGUGAAGAACAAGGAACGCGAAGCCACAACUGAUCCCUUCGUUUCGGGAUGGAAAAUCGUUGACGUCGACGUGAAUGAAUCGCCGUUCAACGUUGAAGCGUUGUCCGAUCCGAGGCGAAAUCCCUUCGAUGUGCAGUCAGACAAUUGCGAAUUGUGCUUGUCAUUACAACGAAAUGCUGUCUACUUCACUGCCGAAAUGCUUCUGCCGGCCCUCGUCACCUCACUUUUCACAGUCUGUUCAGUCUUUUUCCAGCUAUCGAAAACACAGCCGAUGCUGCUAGGUUUCUCAGUCGUUUCGCAAAUUCUCGCCCUUAUUCUGGUUUCGCAACGACUUCCGAGCUUCACUGCUCACACCCCAACGAUAUUGAAAUUCGCGGGCUUCAACCUCGUGAUGACAGCAGUGCUGUUCGUCGUUUCCCUGGUUUUGGAACGACUUGCUACUACUCCAUCGGAAAUUCCUCCACCUCAUACCGUCGAUCGGAUAGUUCAACUUAUUGAUCGGAUCUUGCCUUUACCUAAAAAAUCCAAGCACGAAGAUGAUUCCCUGAAGUACGCCGGCUUCGCUCAUGCUGCCAAUCAUGCUAUCUUUGCUUUGGCAUCAGUCGUUUAUCUGCUGGUCAUACUUGCCUCAUUUGUAUUCUGA